AUGAUCCAACUAAAGACGAUGCUUAAUUGCAUCGACAACUCGGGCGCCGCGGUUGUUGAAUGCGUCAACGUGCUCAAGAAGAAGAGACCGGCCACAAUCGGCGACCGCAUCGUCGUCGUCGUCCAGAAACAACGAAACUUUGGUCCCGAAAACUCGACAAACAGCGGAAUCGCCAACAAGGUGCGUCGCGGCGAUAUUCGACAUGCAGUUGUCGUGCGUGCUCGCAAGGAGAUUCAGCGACCCGAUGGAAGUCUUGUGAAAUUUGAUGAUAAUGCCUGCGUCCUUAUCAACAAGGCGGGCGAUCCGAUCGGAACGAGAAUGAACGGUAUUGUUGGGGCUGAACUCCGGGGGAAACAGUGGUCAAAGAUUCUUUCGCUGGCUCCAAUGCAUCUGUAA